AUGGAAAAAGGGGUGCAGGAAGAAAGCCUCCGAGAGCAGCAUCGCCUCCUGCAUCCCACAGCUUUGCAGGGCACUCCCUGCAUGGACCACCUGAUCUUGCACCCUCUAUCCGGUCAGGGGACCAAGGACUCUCCCCUGUUGCUCUUCCCCCCUAAGCAAGGCAUCCAGCAUCACCUUUUGCAACCCCUGUCCCCCAAGCCCAGUGCCUUCCACAGGGAGGGGAAACCUCCACAGCCAGGAGAAGACUCCUGCAAAGAGCAGCAGCAGCAGCACCUUUGGGGGGAACAGGCUUGCCUCAGCAGGCAGCUUUUCCAGCCCAUCGUUGGUCUGGAGCCUGUGGAUUUUGAGGAGCAGGGUGAGGUCCAGGAGAAGGAGGGGCAAGCAAGAGGUGAGGAGCAAGAGCAAGACAGCCAGGCGCUCUUGACCAGCAACAGCAACAACAAGAGGAGAGGGGACCACAAAGCUGCUGCAGCCUGUCGUGGAGGGAAGGAUGAGGGCCAGACCCUGGAUAGUGGCAAAACAAAGAGGGCCGCGGAAAUCAAAGUGGGGGAUGCAGAAGAGACAGAGGAGAACAAAGAAGAGGCAAACAGUACAGAAAAUUGUGAUGCUGAAACCUUGACGUCUGGAAAAGAAGAGCCCAUCAAAGCUGAACUGGUGGAGCCUCCUGAUGAGGACUAUCAGGGGAGAGAAGAGGUGGCAUCCAAGCCUCAAGCAUCCUCCAAUGGCCCAGCUCAUGUGAGCAAAGAUGCUGCCUCAUCUCAGCCUUUUGGAGUGCAGCAUCCUCAAGAACUGAAAAUUCCAAUGACGCUCCAUCCAGUCCCUCCUGGGGCCAGGAUCCAGUUCCAAGGCCCAUCUCCAUCAGAGCUCAUAAGAGUGACUAAAGUGCCUGUGACACAAGUGCCCCUUAAAAUGCAGUCUUUGCUGGAGCCUUCAGUGAAAAUUGAAACGAAAGACGUGCCUCUCACAGUGCUGCCUUCAGAUGCAGGGAUACCAGAUACUCCAUUUAGCAAAGAUAGAGAUGGCCAUGUCAAGCGACCCAUGAAUGCAUUUAUGGUGUGGGCAAGAAUUCAUCGGCCAGCCUUGGCCAAAGCUAACCCUGCUGCCAAUAAUGCAGAAAUAAGUGUCCAACUUGGACUGGAGUGGAACAAACUCACUGAAGAGCAAAAGAAACCUUAUUAUGAUGAAGCUCAAAAGAUUAAAGAAAAACAUAGAGAAGAAUUUCCAGGUUGGGUUUACCAACCAAGACCUGGUAAGCGGAAGCGGUUCCCGUUGACAGUCUCCACUGUAUUCUCUGGCACUACUCAGAAUAUCAUUGCUACGAGUCCAAUGUCAGCAUCCACUGUCUUUACCGGGACCUCUCAGAAUAUCAUUACUACAAAUCCAACAACCAUAUACCCUUUCCGGUCACCCACCUAUUCUGUAGUCAUACCCAACGUACAGAACAGUAUUGGACACCCAGUCUGUGAAGCACCUUCUACUCUCCAGCUGCCAGCUCCUUCUGCUCAGCAUCCAGGCCCCAUUACACUGUUCCAGCCCAAUGUAGGAAGCACACCACAACUGGCUGCCCCAGCUGCAAAUGUGCCAAUCCACCCAGUGCUUCAACCUCAACGUUUCGCUGCACCUUCACCCACAGAAACUCACCGUGUAUCUUCAGGAACAAAUUGCUCUGUAAAGAGACCUACCCAAAUUUCAAUUGAGAGUGCAAGCAGGAACCCAAAUAAUACCAGCACUGCACACUCAAGAUAUGGUGUCUCUAAUAAUCAAGUCCCUAAGGAGUACUCAGGUGUUUCUUCCUGUCCUAGAAAUGGACCCAUUCCCCAAGCUCCUCCCAUUCCCCAUCCACACGUCUAUCAGCCUCCUCCCAUUGGUCAUCCAGCCACUCUAUUUGGAGCUCCUCCUCGAUUUUCAUUUCACCAUCCAUACUUCUUACCUGGGCCACAUUAUUUCCCAUCAAGCACGUGUCCAUACAGCCGUCCUCCUUUUGGCUAUGGGAACUUCCCCAGCUCCAUGCCUGAAUGCCUUGGGUUUUACGAAGACCAGUAUCAAAAACAUGAGGCUAUGUUUUCUGCUCUGAACAGAGACUAUCCUUUUAGAGAAUACCCUGAUGAGCACAUGCAUAGUGAAGACUCCCACAGUUGUGAGAGCUUGGAAGGGACAUCCUAUUACAGCAGCCACAGUCAAACAGAAGAGGAAUACUUAAACCCUAUUCCUCAGCUGGACAUUGGGGCCCUUGAGAAUGUUUUUACAGCAACCCCGUCCACUCCCUCAAGUAUACAGCAAGUCAAUGUCACUGAUAGUGAUGAUGAUGAAGAAGGAAAGGUGUUGAGAGAUCUGUAA